AUGGCCCCAAAUCGUCCCGGAACAGCCCAAAACAGCCCCAAAUCGCAUGGAAACGGCCCCAAAUCGCCCCCGCUGGAGCUGGGCCCGGACCUGCCGUCGGCGGCGGCGCUGGACCGCUGGCUGGGCGAGCCGCUGCGCGCCGCCAUCCUGCCCACCCGCCUCUUCCUCACCAACAAGCGCGGCUUCCCCGUCCUGGCGCGGCCCCACCAGCGCCUGCUCGUCCGCCUGCUGCGGCUGGAGGUGCAGGUGGUGCUGUGGGGCGCCCCACACCACGGCGCCAAGCCCCUCGGCUCCUACCUCCAGUACCUCGAGUACCUGAGCCAGCACCGGCCGCCCCCCUCCGCCUACGAGCUCUUCGCCCGCGGCUACGAGGACUACCUGCAGUCCCCCCUGCAGCCCCUCAUGGACAAUUUGGAGUCGCAGACCUACGAGGUCUUCGAGAAGGAUCCAAUCAAAUACUCCCAGUACCAGCAGGCCAUCUAUAGGUGCCUGCUGGACCGCGUCCCCGAGGAGGAGAAGGACACCAACGUGCAGGUGGUGAUGGUGCUGGGGGCCGGGCGGGGGCCGCUGGUGGCGGCGGCGCUGCGCGCGGCUCGCCAGGCCGCCCGGCGCCUCCGCGUCUACGCCGUCGAGAAGAACCCCAACGCCGUCGUCACGCUGGAGAGCUGGCAGUACGAGGAGUGGGGCGCGCAGGUGACGGUGGUGGCCCGCGACAUGCGCGAGUGGCGGGCGCCCGAGGCCGCCGACGUCGUCGUCUCCGAGCUGCUCGGCUCCUUCGGCGACAACGAGCUGUCGCCCGAGUGCCUCGACGGCGCCCAGCGCUGCCUCAAAGCCGGCGGCGUGAGCAUCCCGUGCGCCUACACGUCCUUCCUGGCGCCCAUCUCGUCCUCGAAGCUGUACAACGAGGUGCGCGGGUGCCGCGAGCGCGACCGGCACCCCGAGGCGCAGUUCGAGACGCCCUACGUCGUCCGGCUCCACAACUUCCACCAGCUGGCGCCGCCCCAGCCCUGCUUCGCCUUCCGGCACCCCAACCCCGACCCGGGGCGGGACAACAGCCGGUACCGGCGGCUCUCGUUCCGCGUGGGCGUCAACACGGUGCUGCACGGCUUCGCCGGCUACUUCGAGACCACCCUCUACGGCGACAUCACCCUGAGUAUCCGCCCGGAGACCCACUCGCCGGGAAUGUUCUCCUGGUUCCCCAUCUUCUUCCCCAUCAAGCAGCCGCUGACGGUGCGGGCCGGCGAGGAGGUGGCCGUGGCCUUCUGGCGCUGCGCCAGCCCCAAGAAGGUCUGGUACGAGUGGGCGGUGACGGCGCCCGCCUGCUCCGCCCUGCACAACCCCACGGGCCGCUCCUACACCAUCGGCCUCUGAGCCGCCGCCGGCCCCCGGCCCCCCCCCCAGCAUCCCGCCCCGCGCCAAUAAAGCUCGCGCAAACCUGG